AUGUUGCGUAUGGGCGAAAGUAAGAACGAAAAUUUGUUGGCCACGCCGAGGGCAUACGUCACGCGUCUGUCUACGGGUUGGAAUUUAGCGUGGAAGAAAAUGUGGAAGAAGACACAAGCUAUGCAGUGUGCUCUUUAUUUCAAACUAUUUCGCGAGGUUGAGAGGCGGAGGAGAGCGGGAAUGAUCGACGAGUGCUUCGCUGCGAAGAUGUUGGAACAGCAAGAAGAUCUAGCACUGGAACGUGAUACCAUUGUGUACAUCUGCGGGGUCCUUUUAGAUGGAGGGGCAGAGACUACUGCCUCAUUUUUGCAGAAUCUCGUUCUAUGUCUGGUGAAAUACCCAUCGGUAUUAAAGAAAGCCCAAGCUGAGGUGGAUAAUGCCGUUGGAGACAGACUUCCAGAUUCCAACGAUAUAAAAUCCAUGCCCUAUGUUCAAGCCAUCAUCAAAGAGACUCAUCGCUUCCUGCCCACUGCGCCGACCUCCAUCCCGCACGCUUCUGUUGAUGACUCGGAGUAUCGAGAAUAUAUCAUCCCCAGAAAAACACCCAUUCUCAUCAAUGUCUUUGGGAUAUGUCGGGAUCCAAAGCUCUAUGAACGACCUGAGGAAUUCUGGCCUGAGAGGUAUCUGCUAUCGCCAGAUGGUACUAUGUCGGGACUACCCGAUGGUACGGGUUACACUCGUACAACACUGCCCUUCGGAAGUGGAAAGAAUCUGGCUGUCAUGCGUCUUCUCUGGGCAUUCGACUUCGUUUCUAUUGAUAGUCCCGCCCCUUCGACGCCAAAAUGGGAUAUUGAGAAUGAAUUUGUUGACGGUAUUACGUUGAGCGCAAAACCAUUCCAAUGCAAAAUUACGCCACGCAGCACAAGGAAAGCAUCCAUCAUUGAAAAAUCGUACAAAUCUCUCAGAGAUAGUUUUGGCGGUCAACUACAGUAA